AUGAGGCAGACACAAGCAAAGGCUGUUGCUGGGAUGACAUGCCAGGUUUUACGAAAAACUCGAAAACGCAAAAUGGCCCUGGCGGCCAACAACAAAACGGAUGCCGACAAAAAGGCAUCCAAAGAAAAAGAAGCAAAUUCGAACACGAACACCAUCAAAAUUGACGCUACAACGUGGAAAGGCCGUUAUAAAUUUUUCAUAGAAAAUAUAACCGUAGAACCAAUGCUCGCAUGCUACAUUAUCCCCAGCGUCUUAGCGAGUCUCGCCACUCAAAAUCUUAAUCUAGAAAAAGCCUGUAGAGUUAAUUUAGGAUAUUCAACAGAAGUUUGCGAUGCCCUCACCGAACGACGUACGCAAAACUACACCUUUGAAGAAAGAGAAGUACAACAACUAGUGGCUUCGAUGGGUGUGUGGAAGACGAUGCUGCAGAGUGCACUACCAGCCUUCUUGAUAAUGUUCAUUGGCUCUUGGAGCGAUCGAUGGGGCAAGAGAAAACCUUGUAUGUUGUUUCCGAUAGUCGGAGAAUUUAUGACAGUCGUUGGGCUUAUGAUAUGCACUUUCUUCUUCUACGAGCUACCCAUGGAGGUAGCUGGGUUUAUAGAAGGGUUCUUUCCAGCCAUCACGGGAGGAUGGUUCACUAUGUUCAUGGGCAUUUUCAGUUAUAUAGCAGACGUUACAACAACGGAUGUGAGGACUUUAAGAAUCGGAAUAGUGAAUGUCUUUUGUUCGCUGGGGAUACCUAUAGGUCUUGCGUUAAGUGGAAUUCUCUACAAAAAAAUCGGAUUCUACGGAGUGUUUUCUAUCUCGGCAGUUAUGUAUAUUGUGGCUCUCUAUUAUGGAUACAAGUCGAUCAAGGAACCAAAGAAACUUGACAAGCCGGUAUUGCCCGAUCAACCUUGUGCUUUUAUUCGAGAUUUCUUUGAUGUAAGGCAUUUGUUGGACACCUUUAAAGUCGCUUUCAAGAAGGGCGAAAACAAACGUAGGAAAAAGGUUAUGUUGUUGAUGCUGGUUGUUAUGGUCGUUAUUGGACCUAUGCAUGGUGAAAUGAGCGUUGGUUACCUAUUCACCAGAUACAGGUUUAAUUGGGACGAGGUAGAUUUCAGCAUAUUUUCCACUUAUAGUAUGGUUACCAAUUUAAUAGGAACUUCAUUUUCAGUUGGAGUUUUCAGCCACAUUUUGAAAUUCGAUGAUGCGAUAAUAGGAAUUUACUCAUCAAUGAGUAAAAUUUUAUCGAGUUUUGUUUAUGGUUUUGCUACUACAUCGCUCGUAUUUUAUUUAGGUGCAAUCGUUGAAAUUUUAAAUGGUACUUCAUUUAUAGCCAUGAGAUCAAUUGCUUCGAAACUUGUACCUACAGAUGAACUUGGUAAAGUAAACUCUCUCUUUGGUGUAUGUGAAGCUCUCAUGCCACUUUUGUAUGGACCAAUGUACAAUGCCACGUAUGCUGCUACACUUGAAACCAUGCCAGGAGCUUUCUACAUCCUCGGUGGAGUCCUUACAGUUCCUGCAGUCAUCAUUUUUGGAUGGAUGUAUAUCCAGAACCGUAAAGCAGCAAAGGCCAAAUUAGUGCAAGAUACUGAAAAACCUAGCAUUGUAACUGAUGUAAUUAUCAACGCAAUACCGAAAGAAACCCAAAUUGGUGCACCUAUAGGUUCGCCGGUACUAAACAACUAUAAAAAUAGUACAGAAAUAAAGGCGAACAGUCUCAAAAAUGGUGUGAUUAAUCCUGCUUUUGAAGAACAAAUAAACGUUAAAAACGAUAAGAAUAAAAUUAGCAUAGAAAAAGACGCAACCGAAAAUGCUAUUAAUAAAAUUGUAAAUAAUGACAUUGUAGAGAAUUGUAUUAACCACCAUACUCAUAAAGAUAUUAUAGAAAAUGGCAUUAAUAAUACUUAUAAAGAGAGUCAAGAAAAAGGUAUUAAUAAUCCCGUUUUUAAAAUUGAAGAAAAUUAA